AUGGGGGAGAAGUAUUCCUGUUUCGAGUGUAGGAAAUGUUUUUCAAAUAAGUCUAGACUUUACAUAUAUCAGAGAUCUUACACAGGUGAAAAGCCAUAUGUUUGUCCUGAAUGCAGGAUAUAUUUUUCAGUGAAGCCCAGUCUUCACACACAUCAGAGAUCUUACACAGAGGAGAAGUUGUAUACCUGUUCGGAGUGCGGGGAAUGUUUUUUCAGAGAAGCCUUUUUUCUUCAUAUAUGA